AUGUCCAGAUCACUUCCAACACCAAAACUCACGCGCACAGAAAGCCACAAGAUCAUGUCUUCCCCGUGUUGCGGUCAGCUGGACGCCUUUCCAGGCCGCCUUGCUGAGCUCGAAACAUCUAAGAGAUGGGAGGAGAUCGCUGCGCUCAAAGAACGCGCACAAACCCUCAUCGACGGCUGGAAAGCUUACGAAACCAAGAUCUCUACUAAACUUGAUAAGAUGUCCCCUACUAACCACGAGGACUUCUUGGCUGGUCAACACGAGGAGGUGAAGUCAAAUAUUGCUGAACUCACCGAGGAAAUGCAUGCUAUCAGUGCGGUACAGCUCGAGCUUCGCAUGGAUCCCAGCUUUGCCCCUGAGGAUGUUAGCUAUACUUGGAUGAAGCAGCUAGAGAAGAAGUUCAAUGCGCAGAGCAAGACUCUGGGCCACAGCUCGAUUUGGUGGAAGCUGAACUUUACGCUGACGAAGAAGCACUAA